GGCGCGGCGGUGGUGCCUGAGGGCGUCGCUUCCUUCCCCUUUCCCCCCCGCUGCAGCUUCGCUCUCCCGCCCCCGCAAAGGUGGGAGCCCGGUGCGAGGAGCCAGUGGGUAGCGCUGGGGACAGGGCAGGGACAUCGCCUUACCCGUGAACGAUGCAUUGGUGGCGGGCUUGAGAGCGUCUUACUCAAAUAAUAGUUCUGGUUAAAAUGCCAAAAAUGAACGUGGGAAAAAAAGAAAAGAAGGCAGAGAAAAGAAAAAAGCUGAAGCAACACGUGGCCCAAACGGGAGAGCUGGAAUCGGACACGGAACCCAAGAAAAAGAAACAGAGUGUGCAGGCAACAAAAGAAGAGGAAGAACUUAGCGCAGAGGAAAGGAGGAAACUGGAAAGGAAAUUAAAAAAAGAACGCAAGAAGAAGGAAAAACAGCUGAUGAGGGAAGCUGGAAUGGCUGUCAAAAAGGUGGUGCCCAAAAAGCAGUCAGCACCUGAGCUGGCUCUGGCCUAUUUAACCAGCUGGUCUGAGAAGCCCAAAGAAUGGAAGUUUCAGAAGACAAGACAAACCUGGCUUCUCCUGCACAUGUAUGAGAAAGAGAAGGUUCCGGACGAGUAUUUCACCAUUUUACUGGACUAUCUGCAAGGGCUUCAAGGCAGCGCGCGAGACCUCACCGUGCAGAAAGCCGAAGCUUUUAUGAAGGGAUUGGAUGGUUCCGAUGCACAAGACCCAAAGCUGUUGGCGAAGUGCGAGCGCAUACGACAAGUUCUGCAGCUGCUGUCCUGAGAGUGGUUUUGUGUCCUGGUGGCGGGUGGAGAGAAAGAUAACAUGUUGUACACAGAGACUAUAAGUUGGUUGUAAAGACAUAUUUUACAAUAAGAAUCCUGAUAGUGAAUGUUCACAUUUUAUACUCAUAAUUUUUUUCCAAUUGCAAAUAUUUAUCAUGUUUUGAGGUGAUGAAAUAAAAAUAACCAAUCUGGUCCAUCGACAUGCCAUUAAAAGCAGCCUCACUGCGUAUCUUUAGAAAAAUAAACCUCUCUUUCUUGUUA